CCACUUCCUGUUUACGGGCGGGAAGAGUGAACGGAGCUGGCCGCCGUAGCUAGCGACUUUAAAUUCCACCAGUGCACUUUUAAUUCAUCAGAGAGCGAGCGCUCGGCAGCCUUUUAAUGAUUCGAACGUUGCGUCUGUAGCGGACACGCUUCAAACGAAACAUUACGAACGGAUUUUUAAUUUUGCCGAUGGAGGGUCCUGCCGCUGAUUCUGGCGGCGGCGACGGUGCGUCAACGGUGGGCCCCGCGGUGCAAGUGUCGGAUAUGUGCUGCACGAUAGGGACUCUCCCCUGCCGCCUCCUGGAGUGGAAAGUCAAACCGGGAUCUCGCGUCAACGUGGACUCCGUAUUAGCGCUCUGCGUCCCCAUACCCGCGGAGAAGGGGGCAGAGACACCCAGGCUGCCCGAGAGGAAGGUGAAGUCGGACCGCGCGGGGGUCGUCAAGGAGCUGUGCUGUCAACCCGGACAAGUCAUAAGCCCUGGGGGCGUCAUUGUCAGAAUAGCAGGAUGCAGCCACCCAAUUGUGAUGAAAGGCUUGUGUGCCGAAUGCGGCCAGGACCUGACACAGCUGCAGAGUACAAAUGGAAACCAGCAAACUCCCAUCUCUACGGCAACUGUCUCCAUGGUGCACAGUGUUCCCGAGUUGAUGGUCAGCUCUGAACAAGCAGAGCAGCUGGGCCGAGAGGACCAGCAACGGCUUCACCGCAACAAAAAGCUGGUCCUGAUGGUGGACCUGGACCAGACGCUAAUCCACACCACCGAUCAACACUGCCAUCAGAUGUCCAAUAAGGGCAUUUUUCACUUCCAGCUGGGACGAGGAGAGCCGAUGCUUCACACGCGACUGCGGCCACAUUGCAAGGAGUUCCUGGAGAAAAUCGCCAAACUGUACGAGUUGCACGUCUUCACGUUCGGGAGCCGCCUUUACGCACACACCAUUGCGGGCUUUCUGGACCCAGAAACCAAGCUGUUCUCCCAUCGCAUCCUGUCCAGAGAUGAAUGCAUCGACCCGUUCUCCAAGACGGGGAAUCUUAGGUAUCUUUUCCCCUGUGGGGACUCGAUGGUGUGCAUCAUCGACGACCGCGAAGACGUGUGGAAGUUCGCGCCAAACCUCGUCACUGUGAAGAAAUACGUCUAUUUCGAGGGCAUCGGGGACAUUAGCGCCCCGCCAGGCUCGCAAGAAGCUUUGAUGGCCAAGAAAGGAAACCUUCCAGGUUGUCCUUCAGACAGCGCAGAAACGUCCGAGACGCUCGGCGGGGAUGAGCAAAACAACGGCCUCAGGAAAAAGCCGGUAAAAGACGGGACGGCGGCAUCAUGCUGUUCUCAGGGCGUCCCGACAAACGAACGGACACAACCCGCCGCGUCUGUGCCGGAUGAGGCGUUGACGGAUAAAUGUUCAGAGGCUGAUGAGGAGGCCGCAGCGAGAAAAACUCCCGGGGUUGAUAAUCAGGAAAAUAGUAAAGAAGAAAGUAUUAUUAGCAGGACAGGCGAUGUACAGGACAGUGCAAACUCUUUAACGCCAAACAAGGAGUCCAAUAAUUUAGACUUUGACCUUUCUAGUGACAGCGACAGUGAUUCCGUGAGAGAAAAGGCGCCGUCAGUGGACGGUGACAGCGACGUAAAGAAGUCAGAGCACGAAGCGGCCUCACAAGACAAUGACAAUGAGACAAAAGACGGGAGUACUAAAGUCCACAAUUCUGAAUCGACAGCACCUUCGGACGUUCUCCUCCCCGAGUUGGGGAACGGCUGCCCGGACAGGAGAGAACCCGAAACAGAGUCGCAGAAUAGCGAACAAUCCGGGGUGACUGUGGGGGAGGAGCUCCUGGACCAGAGCAUGGAGGAUGAGGAAGAAGAGGAAGUGGAUAACGACCGGGACGAUCACCUCAUUUAUCUGGAGGAGGUUCUCGAACGGAUCCACGGCGAAUACUACGCGCGCUACGAGGCUUUCCUGAAAACGGAGGCGCCCGACACGCCGGACAUUCGCAAGAUCGUCCCCGAGCUGAAAAGCAAGACCUUGGACGGCACGACGAUAGUUUUCAGCGGCUUGUACCCGACUAACUACCCAAUAGAGAGGACUCGUGAGUACUACCACGCCAAGGCAUUGGGAGCAAAGAUUGGCAAGAAUUUGAUACUGAACUCGCAAGAACCCAAUGUGACCACACAUCUCAUUGCGGCAAAAUCUGGUACGGAGAAGGUCCGUCAGGCCCUGGGCUGCAAGCACCUCCACGUGGUCAACCCCGACUGGCUGUGGACUUGCCUGGAGCGCUGGGAGAGGGUGGAGGAGCAGCUCUUCCCGCUAAAAGAAGACUACUCCAAGCAGGCGUGGAGCAACAGCCCGGCGGCUUUCCUUGACAAGCAGGGCUCCCGGCAGAAGUCUAUUUUCCGAAACCCGCCCCCGAUCCAGCACAGAGCUCCACCGGCGGCACCUGAGGUUCGAACCUACGACCCUGUCACCGGGAAGCUGAUUCGCAAGGCCCCUCAGGCAGUCCCUUACCUCCAGGCGUCUGAUCAACAAGAGCAGUCGUGUCUCAGGGGAGUGCCAAAUAAUCAGCAAGAUGCGACAGCAGGGCCCAGCCAGGACAACGAGUCGCUCGAGCCGUCGCGCCGGAAGCGUCAGCUGAGCAUGUCCGAAACGAUGCCGUUGUACACGCUUUGCAAGGAGGACCUCGAGAGCAUGGAUAAAGAGGUGGACGACAUCCUCGGAGAGGAGAGCGACAAUGAGAGCGAAGGGCGAGGGAAGGAGAAAGCUAGCCACGAGGAGGCGGAGGACGAGGAGGAACAGCAGCGGAAAGAAGAGCCGCAGAACCAACAAGGAGCUGGACCACUGACGGGAGGGGCGCUGGGUCCUCAAAUGCUAAGAGCGGAGGACCCGGUCCAGUCGACAUCUGGCAAGGCCUGUCUGCUUGCUGAUGUGUCCAGGAAACGAAAGCGCGACGAGGUCGCCAAGGAAGAGGACAAGGACGGCGAGUCCUCCAAAGAGUCCGACGACGAAGAGGACGAGGAGGAGGAGGACGAGGAGGAGGGAAGUUCCUCAGAGGCGGACGAGAUGGCCGCCGCUUUGGAGGCGGAGCUCAAUGACUUUAUGUGAAGUGGGACACACGCACACACACACACACACACACACACACACACCACACACACACACACACACACACGCUGUAAACAAAACAAUGAAUGUCCUGUACAGAAAGUUUUUGUAGCAUUAAUAUUGCUGAUAGUUUUUUUUCUCCCCUUUGCUGGGUACCAAACUAUUUGACAUUGUUUUAUUAUGAAGAAAAAUAAAAUGUAGAAAAAAAAUUUGAUACUUUUUUUUUUUUUUUUUUUUUCUAUUUCGAUUUUUAUAUUGUUGGGGGAAAAAAAGUGGCGAUAUGUUGUGGUCGCUUAUGCCAAAGAAUUCAGUAGGUUUGUAAACGUCGUGCAGCUAAACAUUAUGGAUAUUGAUAUUUUAUUUGUGUCAACACGGCAACACUGGUCAUCCCUUUUAUUUGUACAUAGGAUGAUGAUGAGAUAUGUGAUGUUUGAGCUCUUCUCGUGCACUUUGACCCCAUAUCACGUUCAUGUUGUCGCGACGGCCUUUUCCGACUAUUUUACACCGGAGCCAAUUGUACAUAUGUUGUCAUAGAAACACACAUUUGUUGUCAUCUCAUGCAGCUUGUACAUUUUUUUUUUUUUUUAAUAUGUGCAUUAUAUUACUGGUAUUUUUCACUUGUUUUAUAUAUAUAAAAAGUGCUUUGCCGCCAUCUUGUGGCAUCUCUAGGCAAUUUAUCUUUUCGGGUGGGUGUCCAUUACUUGCAGUUUUUUUUCCUCUUUGCUGGCGUGAAUAUCGGAGGUUUGCCGUGUUUAUUAAGAAAACGUGAACUUGGCCCAAAAUGAAAAUUAUUAUUUUUGUCGGUUCUAACAGGAAGUGGUGCGUCACCUGAGCCACCAUGCGGGUUAAAUUGAAGUUUCAGGGGUGUUUUAGGCCCGCUUUGUAAUUAAUGACCGAUCAUUCUUGUGGAUAUAGAUUAUAAACAUUAUAUUGUGGUCAAGAUGUGUACAUUAAUCUCUAUUUUUUUUUUUUUAUAUUAACCACCUCCCGGCUCCUGGAUCGGUAAAUCUCAACCAUUUCACCUCCAGUAAUCCCACUGGUCCUUUGUAUUUGUGCUUUUUAAUCAUCAUUCUACUUAGAUGUUAGAUUUUCCUACUCGGCGCCGACAGAGAAGAUACUUUUGACGAAAUAAAGAUGUUUGA